AUGACUUCUGAAAGAGAAUCAGUCUCAUCUGUAGAACAGAUACACGACGAGAAAGCAACCCAUUUGAACGUUGUCACCAACGAAAAAUCUGUAGUUGAUGAUGAAGAGUACGACUAUGACGAUCCAAAAAACUAUAGCACAAGCUACGUUGAUGAGUAUAACCCACGAGGCUUGAGAGUUCCAACAAAACACGAGGAGCAAACUUUGAGAAAGGUAAUUGGCAAAAUCAACUACGCUAUCCUUUUGAUUUUUGUUGUCGAAUUUGCAGAAAGAGCUUCGUAUUACUCGGUCACUGGUAUUUUAACAAACUUUAUCCAAAGACCUUUGCCUAAGGACUCCCCUCACGGUUGGGGUGCACCGGUUUCAGAUGAUGGAAGUGAAAGUGCUGGUGCGUUGGAUAGAGGAUUGCAGGCAGCAAGUGCUUUGACAAACUUGGUUACAUUUUUGGCUUAUGUCGUUCCAUUAUUUGGUGGUUAUAUGGCUGAUACGACUUGGGGAAGAUGGAAGACGAUCCAGUGGGGUGUCGUGUUUGGUGGAGUUGCACACGUAUUGUUCAUUAUUGCAGCAGCUCCAAGUGUCAUUGCUAAUGGAAAGGCUGGCUUGGCACUUUGUGUUCUUGCAAUUUUCACAUUGGCCUUUGGUUCCGGGUUUAUCAAGCCAAAUCUUUUGCCAUUGAUGUUGGAUCAAUACCCAGAAUCAGGUGACAGAGUGAAGGUGUUGAAGAGUGGUGAAAAGGUUCUUGUCGAUAGGGAAAAGACCUUGGAAAGUAUUACCUUGAUAUUUUAUUGGUCGAUCAAUAUCGGAGCCUUCUUCCAAUUGGCAACUUCUUAUUGUGAGAGACGUGUUGGGUUCUGGCUUGCAUUCUUUGUUCCAUUGGUUCUUUAUCUUUUCAUGCCAAUUGCUUUUUGGUUGGUUAAACCAAAGUUGGUUUUUGAAAAACCAAGUGGAUCUAUAUUGGGAGUGGUGCUCAAAAUUCUUGUUGUGUCGUUUUCAGGCAACUUUGUCAAACGUAUAUUCGAUGGCACUUUCUGGGACUAUGCUAAACCAUCUGCUAUGAGAGAAAGAGGCCGCGAAUACUUCAACGCCAAAAAGCAAACUCCAAUCAAUUGGACCAACCAGCAUGUCCUUGAUGUUAAACAAACUUUAGAUGCUUGCAAGUUGUUCAUUUAUUUCAUUUUCUACAACUUGGCUGACGGUGGAUUAGGAUCAGUGCAGACAUCAUUGGCUGGUGCCAUGAAUUUGAAUGGGGUGCCAAAUGACUUGUUUAGCAACUUUAAUCCACUUGCUAUCAUUGUUGUUAUUCCUGCUUUGGAUUACAUCAUUUACCCACUCUUGAGGAGAUACCGUAUAAAUUUCAGACCAAUUCAGCGUGUCUUUCUCGGCUUCGUCAUUGCUGCCAUGUCUCAAGUUGCUGGAGCUGUUUUGCAACACCGUGUCUACCAAACUUCACCUUGUGGAGACCAUGCUACCAAUUGUUCAGAACCAUCACCUAUUAGUGCCUGGCAAGCAUCUUCAAUAUAUAUCUUGUCUGGUGCUUCUGAAUGUUUUGCCAUGGCCACCAUUUAUGCACUUGCCUAUACCAGAGCAGCUCCAUCUAUGAAGGGAGUUACCACGGCAUUGUUCCUUUUCACACUGGCUGUCAGUGCUGCCAUCAACUUGGCAGUAACACCAGCUUUGAAUGAUCCAAAUUUGGUGAUUGUGUUUGCUGUAAUCGCCGGUGUUGCGUUUUUAGCUGGUCUUAUCUUGUUUAUACAUUUCUUUAACUUGCACAAGACAAUGGAGGAAGAAGAUAAGGAAAGAAUCGCUUUGGGAGGAUCUGUUGUUCCCGAAAAGAUCAAUCCAGGUGAAGCAUUGGAGCCAGUAGCUAGUGUGCAUGCGCGUUAUCCUUUGGAGGCGGUGGCCUCUCUUAGAUCAGUUUGA